AAGCUGUAAAUCAAUAAUUGAAGUCGUGUUUUCUGUUUCUCGUGUUGUUUUAGUGCCGCUGUGUUUGUCGACGAGCUCGUACACGAUGCUGAAAAUAUUAAUUUUGAAGGUUGACAACCCGUCCUGUCUCUGGGGUCGGGUUGUCCGGGGUCCGGGUGGAGACGCAGAGACGGCAGUACAGUACGACAGUCUGCUUGCUCAGAUGAACCUCUUCUACCACGACGUCACUCAGGACCUGCGCAAGCUGAAGCCCACAUCGUUAGAAGAGGGACAGGUGUGUGUGGUGUACUGGUCGGUGAUGAAGUCGUGGUGUCGGGCUGUGGUGGAGUCCAUCAUCAUGGGCUCAGUGUCCUGUCAGGCUCGCUGCCUCCUGGUCGACCAUGGAGAACGACUCGUCGUGUCGUCAGAUCAGAUCAGAGUUGCUGUGCAGAACUUUCUCCAGCUGCCUUUCUGGGUGAGAAGGUUUCACCUGGCAGGACUCAAACCUUCGACCCUGAGAGUGUCCGUCUUUGAGGAGAUGGCAGAGCUCAUUUCAUCCUCUCAGUGGGACAGCUCCGCCACACUCUACCUGCAUAACCUGCUGCAAGCGUCGACUCUGACGGAGGCUGUGCUGCUUGAGUCGGAGUCAGACUCCACCUCCAUCCAGCUCUACCUCACUGUAGGGAACGUCAAGAUCUGUGUAAACGACGACCUGGUGGUCAAGAAGUUUGCGUUUUACAUCAGAGAGUCAGCCGAUGGCGGCCAACUGGAUGAGGUGGACCAAUGCCCUGUCAUGUUGUCGUCCAGCAUUUUAAAGCAGCUCAGCCCUUCAAGGACUCUGUGCACAGCUGCAAACAUGCCGACAGCACAAACACAACCACCUCCUGUGAUGUCACAAGGUCUGGCUGCAGGCGGAGCAGUUGAUUGGCUGACGGCUCCCUUUUCACCUCAGAGACAAUAUGAUCUGACCUGUGAGGACGGCUGCCGGACAAGCGCCACAGAUGAACAACUUUCUUCAAGUAGCCAAUCAAAGAACGGCUUGGACGCUGCUGCUGCUGCAGAGAGUGACUCAUCAGAGGAGACAGACUCGUCUCUGGCUGCAGCUCUGACAAAAAACCUCAGCCUGUUCAGGUUUCUGAAGUUUCUGAAUCCUGGCAGCAGCUCUCAGCAAGCGGCUCCCGCUGUGAGUCAGCAGGAGGAGCUCACAGACUGUCAACCUGAAGAGACCGCUUCAGCCACCAUCACCUGCACAGGACUCGAUGGACAUGCUUCCACUACAACAACACAGUUAGUGUUGAACCCUUCAUACGACAGAGAGGCGGUUACACAGCACGAGGAGGCGUCAUCUCUCAGUGUGAGUGGACAAAGAGGAACUGGAGGUUUUUAUGAGAUCCGUCAGAUUGAAGAGGAAACAAGUGGGAGAACAUCAGUAGAGUCUGAAGCAGCAGACAAGACGUGGAGGAGUGAAGAAGACCGGGUCUGUUCACGCCUUCUGGAAUGGUUGAACCCAGAGCCCCUGAACUCUGAUCCAGACGCUGAAGACAAAGAGGUUGUUCACUUUGAUCCCAGGAGGAGUGGGAUUCUGGUGCACUCCGCCCUCCCAGUGGAGCCCUGCUCCUGCCUAGAUGAUGCCCCCGUCACAGACACUCUCCGCCGGGUGUUGCAGAGGAAACAGUACAACAGUCUGUCUCCAGCUGACUGUUACAGCUGGCCAGCUGUGGCUCGAGGAUGCAACACUGUCAUCGUCUCCCCCAACGCCGACCAGCCACUCAGCUACCUCGCCCCGCUCCUCACCCACAUCCUGCUCAACUCCAUUUUUACCUCCCUCACCUCCAGCGCAGGGCCCAUAGCGGUGUUAUUGUGUCCAGGCUGGGAGAAGGUGCAGGCCGUGUACGACCUACUGGAUGAGACUAAGGUCGCCCACACCCUCCACCCUUUUGUUGUGCUGCUAGGCGUCGGUAAAGAUGAGGCAAAGACCAUCAGGAUCCCAAAAAACUGCCUGCUUUUAGUGACCACGCCUUUCAGUCUGGUCCGUAUGCUGUCCUGCCACUGCUUCCUGUUCCUGCGUCUGUACCACCUGGUGCUGGACGAAGCCGACCAGCUCUUCACUCUCGCUCCGGAGCAGAUGGCGACCAUCUUGCAGCAUUUCCAGAAGGUGACCUCCAGCGAGCAGAAGGCUUCCUGUCCCCAGCAGCUCGUUGCUGUUGCCAAAAGAUGGACCAGUCACAUGGAGGGCUUGUUAGCCAAUCACAUGCCACACCCCUGCAUUGUCCUGACUGUCCCAGAGGAGGCUGCUCUGUACGGCAACAUUCACCAGAUCAUCCUCAUGACUCUAGAGAGCAGUAAGAUCUCUGUACUGCUCAGUUCGCUGGAUUUCAACCCAGAUGUCGGACAGAAGACUCUGAUUGUAGCCAACUCUGCUCAGGAGGUGGAAAAUGUGUUCAAGGCCGUGUCCAACAAGUCGGUGUUCUGCCUCAUGACCCACGAGGGGUUAACUCAUGACUUCGACUUUGUCAUCCAGCAGUGGAGGAAAGACAUUGGCCCCGGCACUCACCUUAUUCUAGUGACCACCAACGAGUGCCUGAGGUGUUUCGGCAUAAGAGAUGCCACUUGUGUGGUGCACUUCAGCUUCCCCACAUCUCCUAAAGUUUUCGGCAGCCGACUGUUCUGCAUGGCCGAGAACUUUAGGGACCUUUCUGAAUGGGUUCCAUCCCUCAAUCAAUCAGAGAGCAGCCCGUCUCUCACAAGGUCCGUGCUGCUGAUCUCUGAGAGGAACGCCCGUCAUGUAGUCGGGGUUCUUCGUUACCUGAUAAGAACGAAUGCCCCACUGCCCUCUGAGCUGCUGUCCUUCGCCCAGGGUGUCCACACGGCCCGAGAGGACCAGAAGACCACCAGGCCUCUCUGCAAACACCUCAAGAGCUUCGGCGUGUGCAGAGACAGCAGUGUGUGUCCUGACCGUCACAGAUUCAUCCCCCGCCUGGAUCAGUCAGUGCUCCCUGCCUCAGGAGUUAUAAAAGUUGUGCCGCUCUACAUUAAGACAGCAUCAGUCUUCUAUGGCUGUAUCAUCAGGAAGGAGGAGGGAGGUUUCCACAGUCUGCUGUCUGAGAUGACUUCUUACUACGCCGACAAGAAACCCAGAGCCAAAGAGCUCCUGGAGGGCGAGUUGUACGCUGUAGAGGAGGACGAGGUCUUCUACAGGGUAAAGAUACUGUCCGUCCCCGACAAAGGCGACCGGCUGAUUUUCAGCGUUCUUGUUCGCUUUAUUGACGUGGGGAAGGAGGAAGAGGUCAAAUCCCAUCAGAUCCUGCAGCUUCCGGAGCAGUUCCACUCUCUGCCGGGUCAGGCUGUGGAGAUCAUCCUCGGCCGAGUGAAACCAGUCGACAAAGAGACCGAAUGGCACCCAAAGGUCACCAGAGCGAUCAGCCAGAAGAUCCGAGGUCAGCAGCACCGAGCCAGAGCCGUUUUCAGUCUGGGAAACACCAUUUUUAUUGACCCCAUGGUGCGUGUGAGUCAGGUGCCAGGAACGAAAACUGUGAUCAAUGAAUACAACGUGCAGUCAGAGAUCCUAAAAACUGGGAUGGGAGUCAGCAACCCGGAGCACCUGAACCUUCUGAGGGCGCUCUGGCAGGAGAGCAAGACUGACAGCUACAAGGAGGCAGGCAACACGUCCGGGUCCACAGAUGGUCCAGUAUCUCUGGAGUUCAGGAUCAAAGCUGAGGAGGAGGUUCUGGCUGAAGCGUUCAGAGCAGCCGAGGUCAGCUGGCGCGCUAACCCUCCUCAACUCGAACCAUGUGAGCCGCUCAGUCCAGAGUCUCCAGUGAUCCCGUCCUUUGUCCCAGCACCGCCAGAACCACAAAAACCAGCAGCAGCAGCAGAACCAAACCCAGUUCCAGUGUGUGAUCAGACACCCUUGUUGUCUAUCCAAGAAGCUAAAGCACUAAACUCCUACACUCCUGAUCUGAAGUCCACUGAGCAGAUCAUGAGGAUCGGAGAUGGAACAGAACUUUGCCCCCCGACCAGCCAGGCAGCUCACGUCAACCCUGGUGGACCUGCAGGUGACAAUCAGAGCAGCAGCCAGAAGGUUGCCAUCCCCAAUGAGACCGACUGUGAUGAUUCCACUAAAAGUUUCCACCCUCAGGUCCGCUGGCACCAAACGUCCGACUCUGUGAUUGUAACGGUGAAGCUGAUGAACCCGGAGAACCAGAGCUGUGGUUUUCACCCCCAAAGAGUCGUCUACAGCGGCAGAGUAAACGGUCGGACCUACAGAGUCAACCUGGAGCUUCAGGCCAACAUCGCUGCAGACCUUUGCUGCUGGGAAAUGAAGUCCAACGAGCCGGUCCUCAAACUGGUCAAACAACAGAAGGGAUUCUGGGAAAAACUCCUGAAGACCAAGAAUAUCUUCGUGAGUUACAACAUGGAGCACUUUGAAGAGGACGAGGACAGGACCCUGAACGGUGUGUGGUUUGAGGAGAACACAGGAGAGGACCACUGCUACCUGAACCCAGAGAGCAACAGUGACAGCGACUGAAGAGGAACGACUAACGCUAAGAAACUGAAAACAUCUCUCCCCAACACAAACAUCUUGACUUCUAUUAUACUUUACCUUCAACC